AUGGCGGAGCCGGUCAGGCUGCGCCUGGAAUUCGAGGAUCGCCACCUCCUGACCAAGUUCCAGCGGUCGGAGGGCCUGAAGCGCUGCUGGGUCCUCCUGAGGCCCGAUCUCGCCACCAUUGGCGACCUCGCCAACCACCUCGUCGUCUGUUUCGCCCUGCAGCGCUCUUGCCCCCAUGGCCUUGUCCUUUCCAUGGAUGAAUUUGUUCUGCCGUCAUUUGAGUCAACUUGUAUAUUCAAAGAUAAGGAUAUCCUCAGGGUGAAAAAGAAGGGUGGUAGACAGAAGCAUGUUAUUGAGAUACAUGAUGCAUAUUGCACUAAAGAUUCUGACGUUGUGGAUAAGCAACCAAUACUCUCAAAUGAUAGGCUUCUGGCAAUUAAAGAUUCUCGAGACAAUUCAAGUGGAUACAAAAGGAAAAAUGAAGAGGAAGGGUGUGCUCUUGAAGAGAAUGCAAUCCAUAAGCAAACUACAUUAAGUGGGGAUACAAACUCAAAGAGAAAAAGAAAGGAGUCAGAUAAGCCCCUGAGCUCAAAGAGGAAGAAAAUAAAACUGACCAGCCCUGAAAUGCCAAUUACUACCAUUGCAGAAGAUGAACAUAUCCAAUCAGAGCAGAAUCAACGAUGUUCUCGUAAAAAAGAUCGUAAGAAAAGUUUAGAUAGGGCAAUUAAGCCAUCUAAUGAAGAUGGCAGAUCAGAUACAUUGGUUUCCUCUCAAGAUGAUGUUGGUGCUAGGAGAAGAACUAGUUCUGUACCAACAGAAGAUGGGCAUGAUCCAGUUGAGGGGAAUCACCAAAAAAAUACAUGCACAUACCAUGCUGAUGGUAGCACAGAGAAGUCUCCAAGCAGAAGUGCUAGUCGGAAGAAGGCUAAAAAACAAUGGCAUCAGAAGAUGAAAGAAAUGGCUAUUCAGCAGAUGGAAAAGGAUAUGCGGAGCCAGGUGCCAGCAAAUGACACAAACGAUGCAUCAGCAAAACAUCGGACAGUAAAUGAGAUCGCUGAAAAGGAGGAUGAAAUUGUUCCUGUCAUAGUUCGACCUGGUCACAUUCGUUUUGAAUCUUCCGAUGCAGAACAGAGCAAGUUGCUAUCAAAUGGACCGGUGGAAACUCUGCAAUGGAAUGGAACAACCAGCAUGAAGAAGGGGCAGAAGUGGGGCAGGGAGAAGACCGUAAGCAAGAGGAAUGAUGAUAAUGCUUGUAAUUGGGCAUCUAAUAAAAAAAUUGUUGCUGAAGAAGGGAAGCAUGUGGACGGCCAUAUAGAUUUUGGGAGCCUUUAUCCUUUGACUCGCCUUCCUAAGGAAGCGGAUGUGCUUGUGUAUCGUUUGGUUGAGUUAUCAUCAUCAUGGUGCCCUGAGCUUUCUCCUUUUCGAGUUGGAAAAGUUUCAUCAUAUGACUCUAUAUCCAUGAAAAUUGUUCUGGUACCUGUCCCAGAGUACCCACUCUUUUCCAAACAAAAUAACGACACAGUGGAAAUGGCACAGCAACCAGAUGUCUCACGUUACAAAGAAGAUGGCUCUUUGGAGAUUGAAUAUCCAUCACUUGUUGAUGUUCGUCUGUUGAAGCCAAAUGAGUCAGGAGCAGAGAACAUGAGUGCUCCUCAAGGUAGCAGGACCACAGUAGCAGCACCAGUAAACAACUGGGAAUCCGCCUUGGCUAAAAAUACUGCCAUCGAGCCGGUUACCCCCUGUAUAGGAAGAAGACCUAAUAUGGGCUGGGAGCGAAUUGAACAGGCUUCAAGUGAAAAAAAUGCCGAGCUUCAGCAGAACAAUGGUUGGGGUAGUUGGACCCCAAAUAAAAAAACCGGCACCACCUCAUGGUCAAACAGAGCAAUGAGUGGAAGUGCCCUGGGGCCUACUCUUGCAUUUUUACGAGGGAAAGAAGCCAAGUAUGCUAGCAUGGUAAAUGGUAAGCAUGCUAGUUCUGCAAAUGGUAGGUAUGCUGGUUCGUAUGGGAGGUACGCUAAUUCAAAUGGUAGGCACUUCAAUUCAACAACUAGAAAGUACAAUGGCCCAACCAAAAAAUGGUAAGCGUGGGAGGUUUUCCUUGUGGCAAGGAUUGUAAGUAUUCUAGUGGAAAGUGAGAUACUUUUUGGGUGCUAGACUGAAAGGUAUUUUGAACUUGUAAGGUAAGAAGAUCCAUGCUAUUAUCCUAUAUCCAACUUGUUUAUUUCUCAGCCAA